CACGGUGUCAAUGGAUCUUCGUCACAUCGACUAUCAUUGACGCAAGGAACCAUUUGGUUUUGUUUUUUAAUCAGAAAGAAAAUUCAGCAUAUUAUAAGGGUACAGGUUAUAUAAGGUUAAGGUUGAGGGUUCGUUGUGCGGCGUGGAUGGCGGUUGAGUCCACAGACUCGAACUGGGAGCCUGCCGAGCCACAUUCCUUGAUUCAUAGUCUUAAAUGUCCAGUUUGCUGGGAUUACUUUGUUAAACCACAUACACUUUUAUGUGGCCAUACAUUUUGUCUAAGAUGCCUGCAGAACCUUGCUCGAAUAGUGCGAGCCGCAAAGCACCGAAUUCCAUUAGACCGACUGCGGUUCAGAUGCCCAUCCUGCCGGAGGUUGAGUCUAGCAAGGCCUAUCAUAAGGCGCAAAGCAGCCAUAAAUUAUGCCAUCCGGGAAAUUAUGAACGAAUGGUUUGACUCUCCGUACUCGUCGGGAAGUGUUAACAUCAUAAAAUUGAGAUCUAUAAGUUGUCAAACAGACCAAGAUCAAGACAGUGGCGAAGCCGGAAACGAUGACGCAUUCCACAACAUAAAAGUAGAUCUAGAAAAUCUACAUUUAGACGACACAAGUAAAGAGUCGUCUGAAUUCCACGAUGACGAUAGCAUUUCAAAAACCGAAUACAGAAAUGUUUUGUUUCAUAAAAUCCUUUCCAAAUCAAAUCUGGAGAAAACGCCGAAACUUUUUGAACCAAUUGACCCACCAACAUCGUCUGCAGAUGAAAAUGAAGGACUUACAGAAGACAAUACCGUGACGUCAUCGAGUGAAGAAGACGAUUCGGAACAAGAACUUGCAAUAGCUCCUCUAUUUGGAAAUUUGCGCAUCAUAGACGCAAACGACGAUGUCGUAAAUAAUCGUCCAAGAUUUACUCGAUUUCACGCAACUUCCGUUUCCGGCGUACUUGCUCUCCUUUUUGCCGAAAUAAAUGUAAUUUACCACGGAAUAAGAAGUUCAAGAAGCCGUACUGUGCUGACAAUUUUCUGGUUUUUGUAUGGUGGACUAAUCGUAUACAUCUCAAGAUCAUUUCUACCUUGGAUGACAUUUUAUACUUUAAUUUACUUCAUCAUCAUUUAUGCUGAAAUGUCCCCGGCGCCAUUGUUUAGAUAAAAAAAUACUGGCCAU